CUCUCAGAGAGUCUCAUAUUGCGGAACUUACUUUUGGAAAAUCACCAAACUUCUUUGAAUCCUAGUCAAUGGGGAAGAAUAGCACUGACCGUAGCAGCUUUGUGAACAGAUCUUUUCUGGAGAGCACCAGACUCUUUGAGCCGAAGGAUGGAGACGGCAACCAGACUAUCCUCCACACCCGAGACGAAGAACUCGCCAAGGCUGAGAUUGGGGUCCUGGCAGCCAUCCUGGUGGUGACCCUGGUGGGGAACCUGGGCGUCCUUCUGGCCAUGUACCGGCUAAGGAAGAAGAUGAGCCGCAUGCACCUUUUCAUCCUGCACCUUGGCCUGACCGACCUCGGGGUGGCGCUCUUCCAGGUCCUUCCUCAAAUGAUCUGGGAGGUGACCUAUCGCUUCCAGGGGCCGGAUCCUCUUUGCAAGGCUGUCAAGUACCUGCAGGUGCUCAGCAUGUUUGCCUCCACCUACAUGCUCAUUGCUAUGACGCUGGACCGCUAUAUGGCGGUGUGCCACCCGCUGCGCACCCUGCAGCAGCCCAGCUGCCAGGCUUACCAGAUGAUCGGGGUCACUUGGCUGCUCAGCUGCCUGCUCAGCUUGCCUCAGGUCUUCAUCUUCUCUCUGAGGGAGGUGCAGCAAGGCUCUGGCGUGCUGGACUGCUGGGCGGAAUUCAAGUACCCCUGGGGGGCUAAAGCCUACAUCACGUGGAUGACCUUGUGCGUCUUCGUGCUGCCCGUGGCCAUCCUCACCGUCUGCUACAGCCUCAUUUGCCACAAGAUCUGCAAGAACCUUCGAGGGAAGACACAGAGCUGCGGUCCUUGUCCUGCCCCUACGACUGAUGCUGCUGCUGCUGCUGCUAUUUCUUAUACAGCCACUGUUCAGAAGGGAGCAGAGUGCCAGUCUGGCUCCCGGGUCAGCAGCGUGCGCACCAUCUCGAGGGCAAAGAUCCGCACUGUGAAGAUGACCUUUGUCAUAGUGCUGGCCUACGUCGCUUGCUGGGCUCCCUUCUUCAGCAUGCAGAUGUGGUCGGUGUGGGACCGGAAUGCCCCGAAUGACGAGUCCAGCAAUGCAACUUACACCAUCACAAUGUUACUCGCCAGCCUCAGCAGCUGCUGCAACCCCUGGAUUUACAUGUUCUUCAGCGGACAUCUUGUUCAUGAUAUCAUGCACUUCUUCUCCUGCUGUGGGAACCUUCACUCCAGCCUCAAGAGGCAGUUCUCCAACGGCAGCCUCUGCAGCCGGAAAACCACUAUCUUGACUCAAAGCCCGCAGAGCACCCUGGUUGCGGCUGGUGCCGGUGUUCAGAUGCAACUGGGGAGCUUGAAAGAUUUCUACCAGCCCUAUGAGGAGGACACAGUGACUGAAUCAAGGGAGCUCUAGAGUAUAGGCUUGGGCCACUGUACAGUAGUUACUCUGUGCAGGGAGCUCCGAACGGUAAUGGAAAGCAGGGGAACUUGAUGGUCUUAUCAUGUAUGGGAUUUAAAUCUAUCUUUCCACAAGAGCUUUGUUCUGCAGAAACUUGAGAGUUGGCAAAGAAUACCUGCAUCCCAUUUAUACUUAUGUGUAAUAUAUUGUGGGCUUCUAGGUAGUCCCUGUGAGAACAGAGUUCUGAGCCAGAUAGACCUCUGGUCAGAUCCAGCAAGGAUCUUCCUAUGUUCUUACCUGUCACUUCGGCUUUUCUAUC